UUGUCUUCCCAUUGCCUUCUCUCUGCCACAGGAGGGUGCUGCGAUCAUUCCAGAGGCUCGGGUUUGGCAAGACGGCGUGGGUCACAGCGCGGAGUGUUUGUUACAAAAUGUCUGUCUUGUGUUGUCACAGGCUGCUGGGGAGAAGGAUCGCGUUCAUCUCCUGGCUCUUCUGGCUGCUUUGGUGCAGCGCGAUGCUCUCUCCUGUCUGGGGGUAUGUGAUUGUGAGCUCGGUCUCCUGGUCAGUUACCAACGAGGCAGAGGAGGAGCUGGACAGCUCCUCCAACGAGGAGGCGCUGCCUUCGCUCCUGGAAGACACCACGAGCAUCUGGAAGCAAAGCUACUCGGCCUCUGUUUACAAAGAAGACAGCGAAAUGAGGUCCAGGCCAGAGGUGGGGAGGUCCAAGCAGAUCUCUUCUCCUUCCAGGAUGUUUUCCUAUAGAAGAGAAAGUGUCAAAGGGACAGGCAACCUUCCUCCUCACAAGCAGAUCAUCAGGACUGCCCGAUUCCUGGCUCACACUAACAGCUGGGGCUUUUUGGCUACUGUAUCUACCCAGGAAAAGAUUAAGGGUGUGCCCUUUGGGAACUGCUUACCCAUCAGUGAUGGUCCCUUCAACAACAGCACUGGGAUUCCCUUCUUCUAUGUGACUCCAAAGGACAACAUUGUUGCUGACUUGAUGAAAAAUCCAGUUGCCUCCCUGACCCUGCCAGAAGCAGCAGGAGAUUUCUGCAGAAAAAAUAUUAUUGACUUGGAAGAUCUUCGAUGUGCCAGGUUAACUCUGACGGGCCAGAUGGUUUCUGUGUCUCCAGAAGAAGUGGAAUUUGCUAAGCAAGCUGUGUUUUCAAGGCAUCCAGUGAUGAGGAAGUGGCCCCGUCAUUACGAGUGGUUUUUCAUGAAAAUGAAUGUCGAAAAUGUGUGGCUCCAGAAUUGGCAUGGAGGAGUUUCCAACAUUGCGACAGAAGAAUAUUUCAAAGAAGUUCCAAGUAAAGCUUGAGGAAGCUUUGAGAUGGACCUUCACAGCUCCCAUAUUUGCUUUUAAAAAGGAAGUUAUUUAAAAUUAUGCCAGCCAGGCAAUAGUUGGGUAGGCUCUCUUUUCAGAAAGGUUCCCAUCAGACUAUGACCAUGAACCACUGGGUUAACAAGAGAAGUGAAGAUGGCCAUUUCCAAAUUGUGGAUUCCCACUUAUGUAAUAGAUGGCUUUUGUUUAAAAUCACUUUUGGUGACUUAGGUCCUUUAGGUCACUUUAGGUCCACUCAUUUGGAACUCCUUGGUGUGCAUCAAAAAGAUGACAGACAUAGUAUGUGUUGAAACAGUUGGUUUCCAUUCUGUAGGAAAACCAAUUACUCACAUGAGAACAAUGUGACUGCAUCAUAUUGUGAAAGUGCUUUUGUUUCUUGCUUUGCCAAAAGCAUUGUCCAAGUGUUCUAAGUUUGAUACAACUAUAAAGGGUUUAAAUUAAUGUCAUAUAGCCAUAUGUGUUUUCUAAUAGUAUGGAGAAAAACCUUUGAAGGAUGGUGGAGCAUUUAGCCAUGAAUUGUAAAUUGUGCUCCUGGAUUACAAGCAUGUUACCAAAUCACCUGGUUAUGAUUUACAGACCAAUUACAUAACUUUUCCCCCAACCCUGUAACAUGACCAACAGUGUAAGAUCUUGCAGUUUGGUACUUAGCCUUAGUCUAAGUAAGCUGAUUAUGACAGUACAAUAAACAGGAUGGCUUGUUAUACUGAA